AUGGCGGUGGGCGCUGUGGCGGACGGAACGGGGGGUGGGCGGAGCGGGAAGGAGGGGGGCGGGGAGAAGGCGGCGAGCACGGCGCGGCUGCUGCGCACCGUGCUGAGCUGGGACUUCUUCCACAUGCUCGCCCUCUCCAAGGUGCGCGAGAGGAAGCGGCAGCCCAGGAAGCUCCCCCAACUUCCUGCUGCUGAUGCUGCUGCUGCUGUGGAGGAGAAGGAGGGGGAGGAACGAGAGGGUGAUGAGGCCAAGGACGCUGCGUUGGCUGCUGCAGACGCAGGCACGGAGGCAGCAGCGGCGCUAGUGGCGCAGGGGGAGGGGAUGGAGGUGGAUGGCGGAGAGGCAGGGCAGGGGGAAGGCGGCGCAGGAGCAGAGGAAGCAGCCGCGGAAGAAGAAGAAGAGGCAGCAGCAGAGGGCGAGGGGGAGUUGGAGGGGGAGGAGGAUGAGUUGAGGGAGGUGCCGGUGCAGUUCAGCAGCGCAGAGGAGUAUGUGGACGUGUUCGAACGCCUGCUGCUGGAGGAAUGCCGCGCGCAGAUCCUCCGAGGGGCCGAGGAGCAAGGCGGCAUGGAGAUUCAUUUGAGACGUCUCAAAAAUCCUGCUCGCCGCCUCCUCCGUUGUUGUUUCCACCCACGCGGCAUGGAGAGUCAUCUGGUGGUGGCGGUGCGGUGUGAGCGAGCCAACGAGUUCCACAUGGUGGGGGUGGCGUCCAAGGAGGCCCUCGUGGCGGACUGUCACGACAACGACCUGCUGCUGCUCUCCAAGGAAAAGCCAUGGGGAGGCAGCGCACUACCCAGCACAUACGCCAUCGCCAGUGUGGAGUCCCGCGAGACCAAAACGUCUCUGCGCCUGCGACUGUGCCUGGAGGACCCGUGGCAGUGGGCUGACCCCGGAGGACCACCCACCACCGCAGCAGCCACAGACUUGGAGCAGGCCGGAGAAACAGAGGCAGGGGGGAAGGGAGCAGAAGCAAGGCCGGCCGAGGGGAAGGGGAGAGGGAAGGGGAGGAGGUGGGGGGUGCGGCAGCGGGCAAGAGCCAAUCGGAUGCUUUCCUUCCUCAUGGGGGCGGCGGCAGGAGGGGGCAGUGCGUGUUGGGUGAGCAAGCUGUGCAACACGUCCACCAUCUCGCGGGAAUACGCCGCUCUGCGCUCCGCCCCCACGCUGCCCUACAUCCGCACCGUGCUCGCCUCCCACAUGCCCGGCCCAGGGCACACUCAAGCAGCCGCAGCAGCGGGAGGAGCAGGAGGAGCGGGAGGGGAGGAAGAGGAGGAGGGAGGGGGGGGCGCGGGACCGGGGAAGCAGCAGCAGUGGCGGGUGCCGGAGGGGUUGAUGGAGCAUCUAUCUGCGAGCCACAACGAGUCGCAGCUGAGGGCCAUCAAGGGCGGGCUGUCCCGCCGCCCCCUCGUGCUCAUCCAGGGGCCCCCUGGCACCGGCAAGACACAGGCCAUACUGGGGCUGCUCAGUGUGGUGCUGCAUGGCCGCCCGGCGCACGAGAUGGGGGAUGCCGGCAACGGCGCGCAGCACAUCACGCACAUGACGCGGCUGACAUGGCAGCAGCGGCAGCAGCAGUGGGUGCGAGCGUCCCCCUGGCUGCACGGGGUGAACCCGCGAGAAGCUGUACAGCCAGAUGAUGAGGAGGAGGGUGGUGCAGGGAGCUCGGGAGGCGGUGUCUUUGGCAGCACACAGCAGGUGGAGGUGUUGGGGGGCCAUCGCAAGCAGAGGGCGCACGUGCUCGUGUGUGCGCCCUCCAACGCUGCUCUCGAUGAGAUUGUGCUGCGCCUGCUGCACACAGGCCUGAGGGACGACAGUGGAGGCAUGUAUUCACCGUCGGUGGUGCGCGUGGGGCUCAACGCUCAUCACUCCGUCGCCUCUGUCGCCAUGGAUAACCUGGUAUCUCAGCGAGCCAGCAGCAUGGCACGGUCAGCAGCGGGGGUGGGAGCCAAGACAGCAGGGGCAGGCGGGGUGGAGCGAGACAGAAUACGAGUCGCCAUUCUCGACGAGGCUGCCAUUGUGUGUUCAACGCUCGCGUUCGCAGGGUCAGGUGUCUUCUCGCGCAUGUCACGGCCAUUCGACGUGGUGGUCAUUGACGAGGCGGCUCAAGCGGUGGAGCCAUCAACGCUCAUCCCAAUGACUCACGGGUGCUCGCAGGUGUUCAUGGUGGGGGACCCGCUGCAGCUGCCAGCCACUGUGCUCUCCACACGCGCCGUGCACUACGGGUACCAUGGCAGCAUGUUCUCUCGCCUGCAGCAAGCGGGGUACCCUGUGGUCAUGCUCAACACACAGUACCGCAUGCACCCCAUGAUCCGGCACUUCCCCUCGCACGAGUUCUAUGGCGGCGCAUUGAGGGACGCGCCGCAGAUGGCGCAGAACACGGCGCGGCCGUGGCACACUGAGCGCGUGUUCGGGCCGUUGUUCUUCUUCGACCUGCACCAGUCCAAGGACGAGCAGCCGCCGGGCGGCUCGUGGAUGAACAAGGACGAGGCGGAGUUUGUGAUGGUGCUGUACCGCCACCUGGUGGCGCUAUACCCGCAACUCAAGGAGUCCUCUGACGUCGGUGUCAUCUCCCCGUACAAGCACCAGGUGAAGCUCCUGCGAGACAAGUUUCGAGAGCUGCUGGGCGAGGGGGCUCAUAGAGUGGAUGUCAACACCGUUGACGGAUUCCAGGGCCGAGAAAAGGACGUGAUCAUAUUCUCGUGUGUGCGGGCGGGGAGGGGCAAGGGCAAGAGCAUCGGGUUUCUGUCAGACUAUCGGCGCAUGAAUGUCGGCAUCACACGCGCCCGCUCCUCCAUGCUCGUGGUGGCGAAUGCAGCAGCGCUGAUGGUGGACGAGCAUUGGGGCAAUCUGGUCAAGCAUGCCCGCUCCACCAACCGAUACCUCAAGGUGUCACGCCCCUUCCACCGCAUCUUCGCCAGUGACCACCUGGAGAAGAUGAGAGCAGUGGCCCAUGCCGAGGGCGAGGGGGAGGGGGAGGGGGAGGGGGAGGGGGAGGGGGAGGGAGCGCCAGGAGCGGAAGCAGGAGGAGCACCAGCAGCAGCAACAGGGCCUGCUUUCAAGAAAGCUCCCACACUGGAGGAUUUCGGGGGAAAGCUGGACAAGGGGGAUGGGGGGUUGGGUGGGGAAGGGGAUGGGGUGGGGGAGGGAGAAGGGGAGGAGGAGGGGGGGGAGGGGAUUGGGGAGGAGGAGGAGUUUGAGGUGGCGGUCGAGGCGGGGGACUUUGAUGAGGACAACAUCGACGGCGAGGGGUCAUCGACUCAAAAUCAGUUUGAGGUGGCGGUGGAGGCGGGGGACUUCGAUGAGGACAACAUUGAUGGGAAGGGGUCAGUGCACUUCUCUCUCCCCCUGCUGUACCUCCUGCCCCUUGCCUUGCUUCCUGCCUAUUUUGUCUAUUGCAUCUGA